GAGAGAGAGAGAGAGAGAGAGAGAGAAAGGAAGAGGCAGAGUAUUACCAACUCCUUUUAUGAAGCAGCAUUUCUCUAAUGCUCAAACCACGUAAAAACACAACGAAUGAAAGAAAAUUACAGACCAGUAUUCCUGAUGAGCAUGUAAAGAAUCUCAUCUUUUUUUUUCUUUCUUUCUUUUUUUUCCCCCCAGAAGCAAUGGUAAUUCAAUCUCCGGGUGCAACAACUAAAACCUAAUCUUUCAAGUCUUAUUAAAAUCUGAUUCCUCCGGUGGUGAAUCCUUUCAGAUCAGCCAUGAUACCGGGAAAUUCUUACCCCUCUACUGUCCAGUUCCUUCAUCUAUUUGUUUUUCAAAUCCCUAUCUAUGCGUUGGUACCAAUGCUAAAGAAAACUUGAACACGCAGUGGGGACUCAAAUUCUCCACUUGGAUCCAGUUCUAAUACUUUGCUAUACCUUAAACUUUCAAAUAAUGAAAUAUGAAUAAUCCUAUUACUGUUUACAUUCCUGUGCCUGAAAAAAUUAAUUCUAUAGAAAAAUCAAAUUAAUGAAAUUUAAGUUUUUAUUUCUCAUUCAAAUACCUUUUCAGCAGAUACAUUUCAGCUACUACAGGACAACAUUGGAAAUUAUGAUAAUUUUUGAACACUUGAAGCAAGAGACCCUAUCAUGUUUUAAGUGAUAAAUUCAUUUAAUUGGUAGAACAACCUUAAUGAGUAGAAAUUUUUAUUAAUGAUACUAUAUGGAUAAAAAGCUGGGACACACAAAAAAAAUUAGGUUGCCCAAGACAAAGACAUUGGUAGAACUUACAUUAUAGUCCAUGCCCUGAAUCACUAAAUCAGUAAGAGAAUAGACAUGAAACUAUCAAAUAAUUGAAUCUGGUACUUUAAAGGGCUUAUAAACCACUGGGAUGAAUAUGGGUUCUUAUUUAUUUAAUUGUGCUGAUGUAUAAACCAAGCAAAGCUGGUUCAUUCUUAAGUUGCCAAAACAGUGAUUAGUCUGGCAGUGGCUGAGUGUUGUUCUGUGGUCUAAGAAAUCCAUGAAAGCACCUAGGAGGAUGUAAAUUGGUGGGGCUCUAAGGUAUUCUCUAGGAGAGGGUGCUGACCGGCCAAGGAGAACGGCGGACCCAGAGGUGGGGGACCCUGCUUCCCACCCGGAAGAGGACUAAAAUCUGAAACGGACCAGCUACCCGCACCCGAAGGACUUUGCUGGAGACUGGAUGUCGCGCCUUGGCAGCAGGUACGUUCCAAGCUCUUCCCUGGAGAUUCGAAUCCCAGUUUUCCAUCGAUUCUUUUCCUGACACCUCCUUGAAGUGUCCUGGAUUCCUGCAGUUUUAUCCUACCCACUCCUCUCACACCGGAGCCCCUUGCCCACACCCCUGCGCGUCUGUUGGGCCUCAGAGGACAGCGGAACGCCAUGGUGGGCCUUAGCCCCAGGGUCUGAGAGUAAAGCCUCGGAGAGCUCAGAAGAAAGAACAGGGAACAAGCUGAGCCCCACUCCUGGCACCUAUGAGUGCCAGGGCCCAACUGAGUGGGGCUGGAGAGAAGUCAAGCCCUGGGAUGCCCACGUCAACAGCCACCGAGCUGAAGAAGGAAAUGAAACUAUCUCUUGCCAGUGGACAUGGUGGAGACUGAGCCUUGAACGCCAUAUAAGUAGAGAACUCAGCAUGGAUCAAAACAGUGAAGAAUGCACGAAGAAGAUCAGGACUGUAAAUCUUGACAAACUUAUAGAUGACUUCUCACAGAUAGAAAAGAAAAUGAUAGAAACUGCUGGAAAGAACAACCUUCUGGAUAUUCAGCUGGAAAAGACUAACAGCUUAUUAAAAAUAAUGCAAACAAAAGAAACCUCGAUGAAAGAAGAAUGUAUUAUUCUUCAUACUAUGAUAAAAGGGCUACAACAGACUGUUCAAUAUCAACACAAUUUGAAAGAUGAAAAUGAACAACUAAAAAGAAAUGUUGAUUUUAUGAAAGAAAAGUUAAAAUCUCAUGAACAGGAAUAUAAGAAUAAGAUUGCCAAACUCAUAAGUGAAAUGAAAAUCAAAGAGGAGGAACAUAAAACCGAAAUGAGCAAACUUUAUCUUGAUAUGCAGAAAAAAGUUGAACUAAAUGAAGAAAAGCACAAAGAACUAAUGGCAAGGAAGGAGAUGGAAAUAUCAGAGUUAAAUGCAAAGUUGAGGACUCAGGAGAAGGAAAAGCAAAAUGAAAUCCUCAGACUGCAUCUAGAAUUUGACACUAAACUAGCAAGAGCUCAGACUAAAUCAAAAUCAUAUCCGGACACGACUAUUUUGCUGCAGAGUAUCUACAGAAGGAAGCUUCAGCAUCUUCAGGAAGAAAAGAGCAAAGAAAUUGCAAGUCUGCAGAACACUAUCCGAGACCUAGAGCAGCGCCUUGCAGCCUGCAAAGAUACCCGCCUCAUGCGAAGACGGUUUUGAGCAGAGCACUUAAUGCAUUAGUUACAACUUAGGGUUUUGGUUUUUUUUUUUUUUAAGGCAUUAAAAAAAUCACUUCUAUUUUCAAUGUGAGCAUGCUGAACAAUAAAGACACACACUUGAAAGGUUUUAAAAUUGCAUUUAUUUUGAUAAGUGUGUACUGUAGCCACUUAAUUCUGUACUCCAUUCUUGCUUAGUCGUAUUAGCCAUAAAAGAGGUCAGGUUCAUAGGACUUAGUUUCUCUAUGAAACCAUCAUUGAUUAUGGAAAUACUGUCUUAAGCAGUACGCAGAUUAACACCACGCUUUCCUUCCAUUACAUCUCUCAAGAUAGUCCCUCAGAGCUCAGCAGAACAGUACAGCAUUAAAUGAAGAGAACAAGAUGCACA